AUGGGAGGCUGUACUACACAGCCGCGCAGGCAGGAGCAAAAGGCGACGAUAAUUAGAUCAAAUUGUCGACCAGGAAGGGGAUGUGAUGGUAUCAAUUGGGAGAUCCAGGAUUGUCCAACGGUUGUUGCAACGGGGAUUGCAACAGCCCCCGUUUCCUGCGUGAGGGCCUUCCAACAACCACAACAACAAGCAGCAGGAAAACAAGAGAGUGAGGGACAGGGGACAGAUGGAGAUAGAGAGGGAGAGGGAGAGGGAGAGGGAGAGGAGAGAGAUGGAGAGAAAGAAGGGGAGAGAGAAAGGAUGAAAGAGGGAGAAGGAGACAAAGUUUGGGGUAAAAGUUUCACUCGGACAGGAGGGAUACCUGGAAGCAAAUCUGAAACGCGGUAUGAAGGCCAGCGGGGAGAUGCUGUAACCCGGCGAACGGAGACGAUGCGGAAGAAGAGUUGUUGUGCUCUGCAGUGGAGUGGACAAGCAGCAGCAGCCGCACAAAGCAGCAGACGGAGGCAGCGAGCGGCUGACACACGCUCAGCGGCAGACCUGGAGGUGCGGCAGGGCUUAGGGGCGGGCGUGGCCCGAAAGAGCCCCGAGGCCAACUCCCCGCUCACAUUGAGCUGCUCAACGGCUUGGGGUUUGUGGGCGCUCUGGUUCCUUGACUACGCCAUCUGCUGA